AGAAAGUCAAAAUCUUCAAACCAAUCACACUCAAAAGCUAUAGAUGUUGAAACCAAAAUGUCUUGUGGCAAAUGUGGAAAAAGUCAAUAUCCAGCUGACAAAUGUCCAGCUAAAGACAAUAUUUGUAGAAAAUGUUCCAAGAAAGGACAUUAUGCAACAGUUUGUCGCUCAGCUUCUGGGGAGAAUAAUCCGAAGAAGUCUGCACCUAAACCUAGAUUAUCUACAAUAACAGCCAGGAUAGCUAGAAUAGAAAGGUCACCAAGAGUGCAAAUUAUGAUGAAACCAAAUCAUCUAAAAAAGCAGAAUUAA